UCUAGCGUUUCCGGCCAGCUCAGCGCGUCACCCCUGUGGUGUUGUCACUUUAUAGCCUGUCAAACAUUGGGACCAGUCACCUGUAACAUUUACCGGGCGGUGGAGAAACACCAGCGUACUGCGGAGAGAUGGUGCUGUUGACGAUGAUCGCUCGGCUGGCUGACGGUCUGCCGCUGGCCGCUUCGAUGCAGGAGGACGAGCAGUUGGGUCGGGAUCUUCAGCAGUAUCAGAGUCAAGCCAAGCAGCUCUUCAGGAAACUCAAUGACCAGAGUCCCACACGCUGCACUUUAGAAGCUGGUUCCAUGGCAUUUCACUAUUUUAUAGAGAAAGGAGUGUGCUACCUUGUGCUGUGUGAAGCCAGCUUUCCCAAGAAGCUGGCCUUCGCUUACCUGGAAGACCUGCAGGCAGAGUUUCAUGAGCAACAUGGAAAGAAGGUCCCCACCGUAUCCCGGCCUUACUCCUUCAUUGAGUUUGACACCUACAUCCAAAAAACCAAGAAGUCGUACAUUGACAGUCGAGCGAGAAGGAAUCUGGGUAGCAUCAACACAGAGCUCCAGGACGUCCAGAGGAUCAUGGUGGCUAACAUAGAGGAAGUGCUGCAGAGAGGAGAGGCUCUCUCCGCGCUCGACUCCAAGGCCAGCAACUUGUCCAGUCUGUCAAAGAAGUACAGGAGCGACGCCAAGUAUCUGAAUACCCGCUCCACCUAUGCCAAGCUGGCAGCCGGUGGGGUCUUUUUCAUCAUGCUCAUUGUCUAUGUACGCUUUUGGUGGCUCUGAAAAAGAAAGAAGAGAAGAAGAAGAGGAAGGAGAUAUUGAAGGGGAAAAUGAGCUGCACAGUCCGCAGACACAAAGAAAAGUUGUCCACCUUCGACUAAAAAACAGGAUCCGUGCUCUUAAUAAGACUUUACAGACACAACGUCGCCCAUUUUGUUCUCGCCUGUCCAUGGAUGUGUGAUCUGAAUAUAAAUGAUGUCAUAAUACAUAGUUUUAUUAUUAACAGUAAUAUUCAUUGCUUUAUUUUUGAAGGCAAAUCGUGUGCAAGUGUGGAGGAAAAAUGAAGAGAAAAAAACGAGUGAGUUUCCCAAAAGCUGUAGUGUUCUGUAACAGAAGUGGCUCAGUGAAUCUUGUAUACUUCCUAUUUACACAAAAAAAAAACCAAACAUAAUUUUUUUUUUUUUAUCCUGAGCACAUAAUAUGGUUAUUACUGUUCCUUAACGUGAUAAUCAUAUCCAGGGCCCGGACAGGGCACUACAGUUACAGAUAUUUGGAAAACAUGGCGUUAAUCCUUGGGCAGUUGAAUAGACUCAGCGGCAAUGUACACAAAGUAAGUUAAGUAGACUGUUUUUAAAAAAUGCUGUAUGGAAGCCUUGCAACUGCUAUUUCACCUGCGUCUGAUUUGCCAUUAUAGGAUGUCAGUGAUGCUAUAAGGGACUGUACAAAAAUUAUUAGGAGGGAAAGGGUGGUCAGAAAAGAGAUUAGAGUAUUUUUUUUUUCUUUUUGUCAAGUGAGAGGAGUCUGACUUUUUUAGGAGAGCAGGGGGAGGAGUCAUUUCAUUUUUACUCACCCAAGAUUUAUAUUUGAUGAUUUGUUUUUGUUUUUUUUUAAUGGAUAAAAUAGUUGCAAAUGAUGGGUUUUAUAAUGCACAGUGGGUCAUAAAGGUGCUUCUUCUCAUAUGUAGAGGACAAAGGGGGGGGGUGGCAAAGCAAAUAUUAAUAAUGCUGGGGACGGCCUUGCUUUUUUUUUUUUUUUAAAUAGUGAAAUAAAAGAUUGUGUCACUGUUCCCACCCCAAUAAUUUUCAUACAGUCCCCUAACCUAAUCUGAACAGUGUGUAUCCACUCUCCCUUUAUGCUCUCUUGCACCUUGACUGUGUGGACCAGCACCUUUCUGUAAGCAGGCAAAAAAAAAAAAGUCUGGUCAGGUCCUUUUUAUUUUGUAUAAGGUUUACACAAGUCUAGACUCAAUUUAAAAGUGGAUUCAGACUGAAAGUCACAGGUGUUAAACACAGCUGCCGUCUGCUCUCAGCUGGAAAGGAUACCUUCUCUUUUUCCGUUCUGUCUGCUACUUAUAAAUAAAAUCAUUUGUUAGA